AUGGACGCGCCGGACAUCAACGAGAGACUUAGGAGAAACCGACACAAGUUCCUUGCCACCAUGGGCCGGAUAUUGGAAAAGUAUAAUCAUGCUUUUGAAGAUGAUGUAGUCGUGUGCCUGGAAACAUUGACUUACAACACACCAGCUGGACCAAAAGUAUGGGGUGAAACACCACAAAAGAUAAAGAAGAAAAACAAAACACAGAAACGCCCUGUGGAGUCGAGAAGUCAACUAUAUGAAGAAAAUCCAGUUCCAGCCAGAGAUGCAGAAAUCAGCAGUGGCGAUGUUACAUUUGACGUGGAGUGCGAAAAUGUUGAUGUGACUUUGAUCGGAAAACAGCUGAAAACAAUUAACUUGGAGGGACAGACUUGUUCUUUACGUGAGAGCUUCAGUUGUCAUGCUACACCGGAAGGACCCGCACAAAAUGAAAUCAAAAGGAAGCGCAUUGUCAGUGUUGAUGUGUUACUACAAAAUGACGAAAGGAAUUAUCCCAAAUGGAUAGAGUUGGCAGAUACAGGAGAAGCAAAACCGGUGUGUACUACUGUUUCUUCAGUAAAUACCUCAACUAAAUCUCUUCCAGGCUACCCUGAUAAUGCUUCAGGAAUAAAUCCAGAAUCUCCAGAGAAGCAUACCCCUUCAUCUCUUCAGGAACUGGGCCUCUCGUGUCGUAGUUCCGUAAGCAAGGAGGUUGUGCCUCAAAAUCAAAGAUUUCACCAGGAUGAAAAAGGCAGUGGUAAUUUUUCCGUAGCUCAGUAUCUCAUUGCAAAUGAAGAGUGCACGUGGAGCGAUGUUACACUUCAAGACCUAUACCCAGAUAUGGUGAAUGCAAUGAGUCGGAUCGUGCGUGCGUCUUUGAAACGAACCUCGAAUUCCCAAAACAAAUACUCUUUCAAAGCGAGACUCUCCAGGAGGUACAAGUUGAAUAACACAAUAGCUAGGUUAGAAAGCUCGAGGAAAGAAAAGUUAGAUUUGCGCUGGAGAAGUAGCCAAAACUUGCCGUUUCCAAACAAUCUGAGUAAGAAAAUGAUUAAUGAAGAGAGCCACCAGAAGCAGCUUUCUGAUUUACCUUGCUCGGAGCCUUGCGCUGAAAUUGAGGCAAGUGAAGUAGUAAUAGGUGUCAGAAGCAUAGACACAGACAGUGGGUCAUGCAGAAAGACAGGCAGCUGUGAAAUCUCACAAAGUACUACAUUUCCAAGUUUUUCUCUUGGAUUGGAAGGUGCCCCUUUGGAUGGAAACCCAUAUGGGGCCACUAAAUUAUCUCCACAUUCCAAAUGGGACCCAAAUAGAGCUAAACAGUCCUUUCAAAAAUACCCUUCCCUGGAAUCAGUCGUAGGCUCCAGCACAGUAUUUGAUUCGAUGUAUGUAGGCAAAGUUGAGUCUGUAAUUUCGAGCGGCAUUUCAGCUUUGAGGUCGCCAACUUGUAAAUUGAACUUGCCUAAUAUGAGGAUCUCGGGUGAAGAGCUAAGCAGCUGGAAAUGGAAAACCCUUAGAAAUGCUCAUCUGCAGAGAAGCCAUUCACUUCCUUCGUCACCAAAUAAAGAUUUAGUAUGGAGUCCCUGGAAGUAUGAUGAUGCGUUUGAAAGAAUUUUUCAUGAGUACUUUCCCAGCGAAUCCCAGAAGCCCCUCACCCCUAAAAUAAAAUCGUCACCCCUGAGCCAGUUUGGACAUUCGUGGCUGAAAAUCAGUCCCAGGAAAGAUGAAGAUGAAUUUGAAAACUGUUUCCGUAAAUAUUUCCCCAGAGACCCUCUAAAAUCGGAAAGAACGUGGAAAGCUUCAAACCCCAAACUGUUUGUAGAAAAAGCGAGGCUGGUAGAGACUCAUUGGAGAAUCUUAGCCCCUUUGAGAAAAUUUAAUCAGGAAUUUGACCUCAAAGAAUCCCAGAGAACUUCAGCCCAGCGGAACGCCAGAGAAAUACCAGUGCCCCAAACGGUCAACAAGCUUCAGUCCCCACUGCAAACGUCACCCGGCACCACCAGGAUUAAGAGAGAAACUCAUUUCCACUGUGAUCCUUUACUGCUUUCCCCGGCAAAGAGACAGAAAAACAUACUGAGAAGUACCUUUCCCAAAGAGCACCAUCAUCAACAGGAACACGGCACAGAUUGCUCAACUGAGGUGACCGGAAUGAUUCCCAAAACCUGGCAGAGCUUCAGCUCCCCAAAACUGGAAUCAGAAAAUAUGAACUCUAGGGGUUUGACUAGCCCAUUGGAUACCCUACAUGGGAGUCCCUGCACAUUUAUUAAAGAAUCCGGGACGUCAUGUGCUUGUGGAUUAAACCAGAGGCAAACUUUUGGAUCACCGGGGCAAAAAUUUCAACCAAGUGCCAGCAGGAAACUGAGCUAUAGCGAUGGAAGAGAAAGGAGGUCGGUUGCAUAUUUAAAUUCCAAGACAGUUGAGGAUCCUGAAGACGCAUUUUUGGAGGGCUACAUGUUUUAAGGGUUUCUUCAAAUUAUGACCUCACAUCACAGACAGUUACCCUCAUUCUGAAAGUUAAUAAGGAUUUCUCCUUCUCUGAGAACUAUUCCUUCAAAAACCGAUCAUAGGAUCCCACGAGAGAUUGUUUUCUAUUUGUCUUAAUGCAUUUUAGGCAAUUAAUUGUCAUUUUACUCACUAUCUUUAAGUGCAAAGUUCAGUAGCAUUAACGCUUUUGGUCUCCAGACUUUAAAAAACUACUUGCUCUCACCUGUAAAGAAUAGGAAGACAUUAUAUGGCUCUGUUUACCUGAUUUUUAAUGUAAUUUUUCUUAUAA